AUGCGACUGACGCCGGCCUGCCUGCUGGCUGCGAAGGCGGACUUUGAACACAUUUGGGAACUGGGCAUCAUCCGACUGUCCGAACACCCAUGGGCACCCCCUCUGCCCAUGGUGGCCAAGGUGAAAUCAGGCGACUGGUAACCCUGUGGCAACUACCAUGCCCUCAGCAAUCCAACCCUUCCCGACCAUUACGCAGUGUCUCGUCGUUAAGAUUUUGCCGGAGACUUUUCUGGCAAAGCGGUUUUCUUGAAGAUCGACCUCGUACACACUCUCCACCAAGAUGCCUGUCGCACCAGAAGUUAUCCCUAAAACAACCAUCAGUCCUGCCUCUGGCACCUGCCAAUUAAUCUACAUGACAUUCGUUUAUCUCGAUGUCGCCCAACGGUUCCAAAGGUCCGUCGACCAUGUUUUACGUGGUCCAUCCUCUUUGUACGGCUACACUGACGAUCUCAUGGUUGGCUGGGAUGUCAAAUGACACACGGAACGCCUUACCCUCAAACCUGCGUUUUGACGCCGACACAUGGAAGAUACUUUUCAUUAUUCAGAAGGUCAGAUUGCCGGGUUUUUAAGAGCUGCUCAACAGUUCCUUCCUUGACACUCACUUUACAAGAGAGUAAGGGGAGUCUGUGAAAGUUUCCUUCGUUGGCGUGCUCUUCAAGUGUAGACUUCGUGGUAAGCUCAACAAUACAAUGUAUAGGAAGGCGGCUAACACAACCCAGAUCUUCUGCUAUCAUAACAACCACCCGGUGGUGCACGAAGGGAUCUACGUUUGGGCGCUAUUUGAUCGAGUAAAAUUUCACCGUAGCAACCGCAAUGAAGUGUUCAAGCGCAGCAGCAGCUCAGGGACCAUUUUGCAAAGAAUAGCUAUCCAAAGAAUUUCAUCGGUCGCUUCAUUCGUACGACCUCGCGACGGACAAAGGAAGAGGGACACCAAUGAUCUACCACUCACUACCGUAUAUAAAGAAUGUGUCCGAGUCCACUGAACGCAUUGCGACAGAUUUAGGCGUGGGCAUCACAAACCGUUCGGGGGUUGCCAUGCGUACCAGAAUCACGAAGAUAAAGGAUCGGUUGCUUUUGAGCAGAUUAGGAUGGAAAAAAGUCUGGUUUUACAGCUUUUCAAAAUGUGACUGUCAACAGCUUGGAGGCCCCAAAACCAGAAUGCAAGGAAGACAGUCAAAUGGAUAAAGUUUACUCAGGCGUAACCAGCGUUCUAACCAGGCAAGUGGAUGCAUCCGAACCGCGUUCGGCUGUGGUCAAUAAGCGGAGAGGAGAGUAUUGCCAAGUGCCACAGGGUCUCAAGUCACAGAUGGAGUUACGCGCGUAGGCGGACCGUAGGCAGCACGGGCAAAUGGCUGCGUCGACGACCGUGAGGACGGGCGGCUACAGGUCAAUGGAGACUGUGGCCAGUAAGACGAUGCUUCUACAUGCUAUACGUACACGCAGCCCGUGAAAUAUUACUCCUGAUUAUUUAGGAAAUGGAGUAGUCUUUUGUCUCAUAGAAUUAAGUAAACAUUUAUCGAACCAAUGUAGUGUUUGAAUGAAUCAUCUCUAUAGGCCUCACUGGUUAACUGUCCCACUAGAAUCGCUUUAUCCUCUUUCGUGCUGGUUAGGGGCCUGGGGCCACUGGAGAUGUCAAAAUCAACGCACGGCAGGACGAUUCUCAAGCGGUCUUACUCCCAGGCUUCUAAUGGAGGACCUAGUGGUUCACCAAAUAGUUCAGGUGUCGAUACGCCUCCAAAAGCUUCACCCGCCGUAGCUAUGAAAUCAAAGUCCAUGAACACGAGCCUUAAAAGGUUAGUAUGUAACACUUUUUAUGAUGCUUUUAUCAUGUUAAAUGUUUGAUUGCUUGUGCAGUAUGGUUCCGGUUGCUUUUCAAUGCCUGAGUCAUAUGGAGACGAUAUCGUCUCUAUUGUUUCAACAGUCAACGUAGUUCUUAUUUUACAUAAUAUCUGGAAAUAGGCAGUUUAAGGCACACUUUCUCAGCACCUUGUAUGUACAUAUAGCAAAACCAAAAGGGUUCACAACGCGGCUGUCUUCUGGCCGUUUCUGGUCGCGCUUACUGAUACCUUCACAUAGUGCCCAUCUAAGCACGACAACCUGCGGAAUCGACUCUGGUGAACUCGGAUUACAUUCUAUUCCAGUGAAGCGGGCUGACUAAUGAUCGCGCUCAUAUUUGGACGGACCGGUUUAAACCGGAUUUUGUGCUGACUCCGUUGCCGCAUCCGGUUGAGGCAUUAGCCAAGGGAGACGAGAGAAGGCUUUAUCAGACUUUAUGUUGUGGGUAGUCUGAGGUAUCCCUGCAAUGUCGCAAUGGGUGUCGACUGUUGCAUUCGAGGAUUCUUCGGUGUACUUUUCGCGAAUGCCCGAACCGCAUCUAAAUUAUUCCAACUUUGGUCGUCUUCCGCUCGCAACGGCUGAUUCGCAAACCUAUAUAUGGUCUGACUGAACGAAUGUCUAGUACAUUAAGUAUUUAGUGACAAUUUAAAUCUGAGUACGUUAUUGUCGCCUCGAAAUGUAUGCAUUCUCGUGAGCUGCAUUUAUUUAAUUAUUGUUCCUGUGCUUGCUCUGUUUACUGGGCAUGGACUCCGGUCUUGGGCAUUUGAAAUUAGUCACUUAAAUUUGGCAGUCCGUGGUCACGAGUGACCCGGACCCAUAUUUUGUGUUGUCAAGACUGGUCGAGGGGGGCGAUAUCGCUAACAUUAUCGGGCCUAGUCAGGUAGCCUCCAAGUACACCUGUGGCAUUAUUAAAAUCGUGUGCAUUUUUCAAAAUCCAAUUGAGGUCGUACUUACAUGGAAUGAGUGACGGCACAUCUUGCAACUGAACGCCUGGCCAGGUAUCGAACGGCAAAAACGGCGGCUGUAGGGCGGUAGUAGGCUCUGCUUACAGCUGUAAUUGUCGCCAGCAUGUCGAGCUCCAUUUCUUCACCAGGGUCCAUGACGGACGGACUCGAAUGCUACAUUGAGGCAGCGGUCUCACCCAGAACUAUUUGAAACUGACAACAUCAUCCACUUGACACCUAUUACUCUCGAGAGGUGCCUUCGCUUAGUCAGGGAUACAACUUGAAAAUAGUUUGGUCUUUCCAGCGUUUAGGGAUAAACCGACUGAUUUUGCAACUUCAUUCACCCGUGGCACCACAGACUGUAGUCUAGACUAGUCAACCAGUGUCGGGGUGCAAACUUCACAUCGUCAAAACCACAUAGGGAUCUUCUGAGAACCCAGUCAAUGGCGUGGUUGGACAGAAUGGGCGCCAAGAUACAACCUUAUCGGACGACAGGCCGAAUGUGAAAUGGUUGGGAGAGGUUGUUAUGGAAGAGUGCUCGCGCAGCGGUGGAGAGAUAGUGGGCCUUGGCUGUGGCGAUGAAUUGGCCGGCACACUAUCUAGUCCCACUAUUCGCCACCGGGACUCGCGACGAACGAAAUCAGAUAUAACGACGAAUUCGACAAAGCAGACGGCCGUCGGUUGCCGGUAGCCGUAGCAGAAUUCUAGAAUGCGCCUCAGUGCCGGUGUAUGACCCACGCAUCCACGCCCAACUCGGGAUUCGCCUUGGUUGGGCCUUGUCCUGGAGUCACACACAGACUGGAAUCGUCUGAGAUGAGCAACGCCGAUGUAGCUUGAAGAAGUGCACAAGGAUGCCUGACUUCCAGUCACUAGGAACUACCUCAUCUCUUCACGCUUACUCAAUCAUCUUAUGGAGCCAGGGCGUCAGUGUUGACACAAGACUUGUAGAUUUCAGCAAUAACGCCGUCCUCUUUGGACGCUUUAUUGCUGUGCAGACUAUUCCAUCGACAACUUUCCCUUAGAAGUGGGUUCGCACAACACUGCAUAGGCUGGAGAGGGAUAAAACUCCGCUGCAGACGAGAACGAGGAUGUUGUGGGUUGCUUAUCCAAAUUGCUCAAAGUGCUUACGCUACCGAUCGACCCUGGCCGAGUUGUUAGCAAUAAGGCUGCCAUUCACAUCAUGAACAGUCACUAGAUGUUUAGGGUUUAUCACUAACUUUGCGGAUACUUUGGCAGAGUUUUCGAAUGCCAGCAACUUCUGAGACCCGCUCCAUUGAGGUGGCUGUCUCAGCCCAAUAUUCCUACAGGUCAUCCCUAACUGACUUUGGCAUCAUUUUCCGGAGUUGGCGGAAGGAAGCAUCGUAGCAGGACCUAGCUCGAGCUGUCUAGGCUAACAGUUAUAGGGUUCUUCCGCUGAUCCAGUUACUGCGGCGCCGCUGGGUCAGUCCAAAAAUUUCCUCAGCUGUCCCACAAACUCAACUUUAGUGAUGAUAAUUGGCCACUGCCUUCUCCGUCUGCUCGGGUCGUAAAACGGGACCGGAUUUCCGUGCUCAGGGCCUUGGUUGUGGCGGUUUUCGAAAUUUUGUGAAACUAAGGCGUCUCGCACGUGGCAUUUUGGAUGUAAGUGAGAGGCGAACUUUCGGGGGUAUGCGAACGAGAACAUGGUUAAAUCCAUGGACGCUACCAGUAUCAGCGCCAAGUAUCGAUCCGCUAUCUUCGACCCACUUGCGGAACCUUGAGCUAGGUAUAAUGCGGUUGGUCUGACUGGCCGUAUGAAAGUCGUUGGAAUACCAGUUCAGCAGAUGUUUGUGUCGAUGCUGGUAGCGCAUGUUGGUGACAAACAGUCGGUUCUGAUAAACAAUUCAGCAUUCUCUCCAUUGUCUCAUUGAGGGCCAAACUCUAAGCGGCCGGUAAGGUGACUGUUUGAGAAGUCGCUGGAUCCAGUCUGGCAAUUCCAGUCCCUGGUAGCAAUCAGCAAAUCAGGGCGAAGGAGUCUUUCAAGUAACUCCUGCCGAUGUGAGUAGAAGAUAUCUUUAUCGCACUAUUUGACAGCUGAUGUUGACGCGUACACGGAGAAGACAGACAUUCGUUAAGUGACCCUUCAGUCGCACGUAGGCGAUCCGGGCAUUGGUUUCCGCAAAAGCAGUGCACGGUUUGAUUGUUCUGAGAGGACGAUAGCCACUGUGUCUACCAGAAGAGUCGCGUGGUCCGCCAUGGUUCUUGAUUCCCGUGACCUUUGUUUCCCCAGCGUCUGGGUCAGAGAUUCAGACUCCAGACAGGCAGCAGACAUCCACGUUGUACUGGUAAGGACCACGCACCGUCAGAUUUUGUGUACCGUGGUGCUGAAACGUUCGCACAUCCCAGAAUCCGGUACCGAGAGUUUGUUCCCAUUUGAGUAGUUUAGCUCACAUACUAUUAACCCGCGUCGCCGGGCAGGGUUGCGGAGCACAUGGGUUCCCGCGAAUGUCGUAGCGUGGAUCGUAAUGUUGCAGUCGCACAUUUCAUGAGGUUUCUUGGCGAGUUUGAAUACAGACGAGUCCCCAAAAGCCGUUGAAAUUGUCUGUUAGAGGUUGUCUUCUCCUGCUUUUUGGCUCAAGAACCCUAAACAGAAUGCACCAGUGGCAAGCAGACUUAUCUUAUGGCGGUUCGCAGUCGCCAUGUCCAAGUGCCGGAGCUGGGAUAGGGCGCAGGUGGCUGGCACGGCGAAAACCCGCACCUGAGCGUACCACCACACCCUCGGUCCACAACGUACUUUGACCAAGGAUUUACACAGGGAACGCGGAACCAACGCUCUUGUGACGGCGUGUGGCUUAUGAUGAUGGUAUCCCGGGUAAUGGCUGGGGAUGACCAUGAUGACGGGGUUACAUUGUCAAACUUCUAUAUUGGCUGUCAUCAAGGACAUCAGCAUUUGAGCCCUCGAAAGUAGCUGUAGGUAGCUCAUAAUGCUAAGAAGUAGAAAAUUCGUCUAGUUGAAAGUUUAUUUCCUUUUGAGUUUACCGUUCGCUAUGUAACUAAACGACGCGCAGAUGUUUACUUCGCCUUACACCCCGUCUCUUGGACCCUCCACCCGUUCUGUUUUUAAGCUCAGCCACGCUACUGCUCGAAGUUUUUCCUUUACUGCCGCGCGUUAAUCCGACAAACUAACUGUGGGAUUGUCUGACGUCACGGCACGCUACUGCUAAGCGCGCUUUGUCGGCAGCCCAAAUGGGUUUCGCGGUUUUUGUCGUGAAGCUUCUUCAUCACAAUUCUCGCUUGUGGUUCGACUGCACGCCAAAUGUUAAUCGCAUAGUUUACGGAAUGUGGUGAAAUGUGAUCAUUGCUGUAAUGCGAUGUAAAAGGAACGGCAGGCCAUCACCUGAUUUCUUGCCUAGCUAGAUCUGACCGGUCGUGUUGCGCCAAGCUAGUGGGUUAGGCAGUAGCAUACGUUGUGUUAGCCUGUUUAUCUUACUGUAUCCACUUUUUUACUUACAAUCCGUGGGAAAUUGACACCUUGCAAAGGUUCGUUUCUCGUUCCCACUUCGGCGUUGGUUAUGUUUCCGACUUCAAAAUGGCUGGCUUAGAAAAAACCCCUGACAAUGUCUCUUGACGCACAAGCUGAAUUUCCUUUGUAGUCAUAUGCCUCACGUGUUUCUAACUCCGCAACUUUUGGUUCGUUAAAUUAGCCGAAAUCCGUUCGUUCUCCGCCAGUUGACGCAUACAUUUGCUCGACCUGACCUGCAUUCAUGCUGGUCGGCAACAUAAGUGACGUAGGCUCCCUUCUGACCUGAAUGCAGUACUUUUUUACUAACACAUUAAAAGUAAAUGCACAUACAUAAACAAGAUCCGUUAGAUUUUGUUGGUCUCGCCGUUCUUUCCUUGAUUCUUUCGGCUUAUCUUUUAAAAUCUUUAUGUGUAUGGAGGCGUACUGAUUAAGUCUAUCUAUCGAAAUACGGAAUUUGGGAGUUCAUACAGCCAGUAAUGUGGUCCUGUAGUGAAGUUGCUUAUACCGAUUGGACAGUCUAGGCCAUUUCAAGUAUUCGACGAAUCGUCGAACAGAAGUGUUUUUAAUCGCUGCCUUUGGGGCACGAUUUUGGGCCAUAUGUCUAAUGCUUCAAAAGAGCCAUUUCGUCACCAGCUUCUGGACAGUUGUUUCUUUCGUCCCCAACAUGCUCAGUAGCUCUGUCAUACGAGGGUCUUAGAGUAGCGAAGAAACUACGUUAACCACCUAAUGCCAUCUAAAUUCCUGAAUACACCGGCGUCAUACUCUUAACAAAUGCAAAAUUCAUCGCUGUGUGUCUCAGGGGCAGUCAUACGAACAGUCGACUGACUAGUUCCUAGGCUUUGUCAAUCACGGACCAGACCAUUUCAUCACCACGCCCGAGGAAGGUCCAAACCCUCGCGUUCUGCUGUCCAUAGGAAUCCGGAUAAACAGAAUGUGACCAAGUAUCAACCAAAGUUCUGGGCUCGCUAUGUCGAUGAUACCUUCGUCGUUGUCAAAACAACUGACAUUGAGCAUCUAAAGGAACUACUAAACUCGGUCGACCCGGAUAUCCAAUUUACGAUUGAAGCAGAAACGAACAACUAACUGCCAUUCCUUGACGUGCUUGUGCGUCGGUGUACAACUGGACAACUUCAAACCGCAGUAUUCCGGAAAUCCACCGACACGAGCAGAUCCAACACUUCAACAGCAACCAUCCUCUGUCUCACAAACGUAGCUGUGUCCGCACUCUAUUCCAAAGAGUCGAAACACAUUGCAGCACGCCAGAAGAUAAAAGAGGCGAACGAAUGUAUCUUCAGAACCUUUUUGCAGCCAAUGGAUACCCCAGACAUUUUAUCGAGAGAAGCAGACGUCGGACGCACAGACGACGGCCAAAUGAGCAGCAACCUGAAGUAUGGAGGGCCAUUCCCUACGUUAAAGGGGUCUCUGAAGCGGUCUCGUGAUUGUUACAACCCACCAGAGUAGGCAUAGCCUAUCGACCCCAGGCAACAAUUCGACGCCGCCUGAUGCAACCUAAGGACCCAUUGCCACCCGCUGAAACUUCAGCAGUCAUCUACAAAACAAAUGGCAAUGAGGGCGACAGCAACUAUGUGGCAGAAACUGGGCGGAAAUUGCAGACUCGCCUACAAGAGCACAAAUCGACUACACGGAGGUUAGACCCGAACUCUCAAUUAGCAACACACGUUGGAGAAACUGGGCAUACUUUCGAUCUCCAGCGAGCUACCAUCUUAGGCCGGGGCAACACAAAAGCCGAACGGCUAACUCUCGAGGCGUGGUUCUCCGAUGCCCACUCUAUCAACAGGCAUCUGGACCUUCCUACAGCCUACAAAGUCCUACGUCAUCACAAUCGUAGAGCUCAGGACCAAACGACCACACCGGGCUUAAGGAGGCCAUACGGAGACAGCCCGACGGCGAGUUUACUCGGUGAAGAAGAAGAAGCACCGCCAGACCGACCACCCGACACUGGUUCAGUCACCUCCCCUCCGGCGGAGUGGUGACUCACAAUGCACGCAGACAAAACACCAGUCAACCAUCCCCUGAUAGGCCGCGGCAGCGAGAGGAGAGAGAAAAAAAAAGGAAAAAAUCGACUAGCAUGAGGCCGUCCAACGUGACACGCCACUUGGGAUCUCUGGUGGAUUGAGUGCAUUUUACGCUUUGGCAAUGGAGAGCCGACCAAGCUCUUCGAAACGUCAGCAUCCUAAUAAACCUGUUCCGGUGAGCCCACCUUCUUCAAAUAAUCAACCCGGAUCUCUCAACUUUGCCAAUCUGAACAGAAUGUGGCUAAAAUGUAACUUGAGUGUGGCAAGUGGAAGCAGACGCCCCGGCCUUGUGCAUCUACAGCAUAUCAUGGAAACCGUUUGGCCUGCUUCAGCAUGUGUGGAAUCGUUAAUCAGUCCUGCCCACGCGCUGUAGUUAAAUGUCAAGUCCCCCCACAACCGCUACCCAGUGACUAUUUCGUUCUCGGACAAGUACCUGUCUUUCACUACUGUUAAUAACACUGCAGCUGCUGCUACCACUACCAGUAUUGUUAUUUCGGCCGGCGAGACGACGCCGCCACAGCCACCGCCACUACAGCGGUAGGUUCCCUGCAGAUAGGGUUCGACUGACAUGUCGGUGGCCUCCACGUGAUGUCAGCAAAAAGCGACGCUAAAUCUGAGGCGAUGUUUUUUUUUGCUGUGCAACCAGCCGUAAUUUUUGCCACUCCCGCGCCUUGGAAUUCUCAAUCAUGGAGAAUUAUGGCUAACGUAUCGUCUCAGCUAGUCAAGAGGCUCCGCGGAGAAAAAGCGCUCAGCGGUUGUGGCAAAAUUCUUACGGCCUUCGUCAUAUGCUUUUUUCCGCCAUAUAGUACGAAUUUUUAACUUCUGGGAGCGUCAAAUUAUACUAUUUACUCGGGUUGUUUCUUGGACGUUAUUUCGGUCAAUGGGUCCAUAUGUUCCAACGAAAUAAAAGUAGAUAUCCCUUGCCGGAAACAAAACGCGCCUUCCACGACCAGUUACUGGGUGAUUUUCCGAUUGCUUCAUGCCUAAUCACGUUAACAAUAUAGUUGUGUCGCCUCCUUUCGUCUACCUUGGGAAGUGUGUAAACAGUCAAUUAGAGCAGUUGAAAGAUCUCGGCGAUAUUGCUUAAUGGUACUCCCGUGAUGGCGACAUUGUAAAUAAUCACGAAUUACGUCUAGGCUGCUCUUGUCAGUCCCCGCAGACUGUGUGUCUUUGCCCCUAUCCUUGUUUAGCGCAAGGUAGGUAGAUGAUUUCCAGAGUUUAGAAAGUGGAUGAAGACACAGUUAAAGGAUGUGUGGGGUAAUUAUGUAAGACCAGCUGCAGUAGAAGUGUCGCUGAUAAGUACCAGGGAACGCGAGUUUGGCGGCCCUCUAAGGCUGCCUCCCAAGCUUCCCCUGGAGAAGUAAUUUAUACGCCUGUCUCUAUUAGGCCAACCUCUGAAUUCUCCCUGAGUACAUGUGAAAGAAGGAGAUCAGACCUUAUUUUGCCAUCGCACUAACUCUGAGAUCAGUCAUUACUAGUCACUGACAGAAAAGUACCCUGGAGCCUUUGGAGAUUCGUGCUCAAUGCAUUGCGCCUGCUAUUCGAGUCGUUUGGCUACAAUAAUCAGCCGUGACCAUGGUGAACAGCCGGGCAUUUUCUCCGUCGUUAACCUUCCCUCCACUCAUCAGCGGAGGGCAACUAAGCGCCGUGAUUUUUUAGCGGAAUAGUGGGUCCCUCACGUCUUGGUGAGGGACUGCAGUGAAUUUUGUGGGGCUUUUUUGGUUUUACACAUGAUAUUGCCUUCUAAGGCAGGUUGCUUUGAAUCUCCACGAGUGGUACAUUUGAGCCAUGCUCGUUUUUUGUCGUAACUCCUCGUGGUGGUCUACAUUAUUCGAGAAGCGCAUCUCAGCUUCAGACGACGGUCCCCAUGUCAUUAGGCAGUUGCUGAGACCCGGUGUUAGGCACCCGCAGCUGACCUACUGUUCUACACAAAACCCAGAAGCCACCAUUAGGUUUCAUGCCAUGACGUCUUCCCACAUGCCGAUCAUUGUCAUGGUUGGGCGCAUUUCGGUCCUAGAUUAUCUCGCAGGGAUAAGCAUUUUCAUUAUAAAUAACGAGUCCUGAGGGCUCUUUCCAUUUCUUAUACACACAAUUUUUGGCAUCUUUGUGCCCUUUACUUCUAACCAUCUUCUUUUUAAGGAUUCAGAAGGAGCUUGCCGACAUUACUGCAGAUCCCCCACCAAACUGCAGGUAAGUGAAUUAGCCUGACCCGUUCCUCACUUUUCAGUGCAUUUCCUCGCGGCGAGAACCUCUACGAGUGGGUUUCCACGAUUUUGGGUCCCCCCGGCUCUGUCUACGAGAGUGGCAUCUUCCUACUUGAUAUCCACUUCCCUUUGGAUUACCCAUUUAAACCACCGAAGGUCACCUUCAAGACUCGAAUUUAUCAUUGCAAUAUCAACAGUCAUGGCGUGAUAUGCCUGGACAUUUUGAAAGUACGUCCACUUUUUUCCCACUGUACUUUAUAAGGAUAUCUUGUUUUGAGAAGGCCCAGAUGGUAGCCUUUACCGCCUCUCUCUCUCUCACUCUCUCCUCUCCUCUCUUCCCCUCCACUCCUCUCUCUAGGGGUACUGUUUUUUGUGAACCCAUUUUGUCCCCGAACGUCCAAGUGCAGUGGUUUACUUGCAGCUACUUGCGACAAUGUUACUACUGAUUUAGUCAGCCCCAUGUCGCGGGUUCACGGUAUCACACGUAAUUGUCUUCUGCACUGUUUAUCGAGUAGAAGUGGCGAAUAUGUGUCGGGUACACGUGAGCCUGGUCGCAAACCCGCCUUAUCGGGGAUGCUUUGAUGGGAACCCAGGUUUUGUAUUUGAGACAAUUUCGUGUUAAGUUAGUCACAGUGAUUUUCUUAUCAGGUAAGAUUUGUGACUUUCGAUCCGAAAAGGAUCUUAUUUGGUCAAACUAGUUGCGGAUAAAAAAAAAGAUGACCAUCGCCACUGGACGUUGACGGCCGCAAACUCCUCUGUUGUUUCUUGGCCGAGGCUAGCUUUUUUGGAGGCAAAUUUCCCUGCAAGGACGCAGUAUGCGACUCCACUCAGGAAACAAAAACCAGGUCAUCAUAGCAUAUUGCGUCCUCGCCUUUUAUAAUUGACGCCUCCACGCUGUCAUAACUAGCUGGAAUAUAAUCUGCUUCUCUUGUAAAAACAAACCGGGAAAACUGCGACAAAUGCUCAACUUUUGCUCGCGCUGUCAGAUGUUUUGAUAACUUCAUCAUUCAUAGAUGUUUUGGCAGAUUUUGAAUAAUUCAUGUUGACUCAACUGUGAAAAACUCGGCGCCUCGGUGGGAUUCGAACCCAAAACAUCUGUGAAUUACGUGUGCCUGGUAGUCAUCUGGUGGAUUCUAGGUGAAUCCUGCUUUUGCAGCCAACUUACUGUAUCAGAUUUGGUGGAUUCCAGACGCUGCAGUAGGUUGGGCGGGUAACUUGACCCGAAUGGGAUUAAACUCGCGUCGUCCGGCGGGGCCCCGUAGCUCAAGUGGUUAGAACGUUGGCUGUACUAAAGCCUUCCCCGUACUGCGUGGGUUCGAAUCCCACCGAGGCGCCCAGUUUUUCACAGUUGGCUCAAUAUGAACCUUCAUCAUUCCUCGGGGAUCAGGUUCCUGGUAUGUGGGCUCUUUUGCAAAUAUCUGUAAAUGAACUGAGCCCUAGGAUGCAACUUUUUCCCUUAGUGUGGUCGCAUACCGCGUCCUUACCAAUUUCCCGAUAGAAGUAGUCGGAGUUUCGGAGGGCAAUUCAUUACCUCCAGGCUGUUUAUCCUAAACUACUAGGGAAAUUUAGCCGAUUGCGGCCCAUUCCUUGUUGGUUUUCUUCUCGGUGCUGAUCCAUCGGUUCAGUAAUUUACUUUGAUAAGCCAUCAAUAUCGAGGUGUGUAAAUGUUGACCUUGCCGUCUGCCAUGUACGGGAUUGAGUAGUCUUCAUGACAUUCGUGGUCGUAGCUGUCAGCUCAAUGUCGGGCAUCACUGCUGACGUUUGCAUAACAUAAGGUGGCAAACUAAGACGUGGGAUAAAGAGGGGAUCGAGCGGGCGAACAACCUGUCAGACUACUUACGAGCAGGGUAAACAACAAUUGCUUGUCUGAGGUGAAAAAGCGGUUCAUUUGAACAGCCGCCUCGGAACUGCCCUCUCUCGUACCGAGUUUUCAGUUUAUAACCUCAUUGGCUGUUCAUAUUUUAGUUUUACCUGGUAUCAGUCACCUUCCAGCCCCAUCGCUAUCUUGUUAGUCUUCAACUGACCUUGUGGCAAGCGCAUCCCUCCUACGUCAGGGCCAGGUCAAUUCAUUCAGUUCAUCCAGCUUUCAGAAGGACACAUGCUUGUUUUCCAAUGAAAGCUCGUUCCCCACUGUCGCCGCACAGCGUGCCCUUUUCGCCUGCAAGGUGUUGUCUAGGUCCUUUAGUAGGGGAUGUCCGGUUGAUGUGAAUCCCGUGAUUUUAUUGAGUGAGGCAGCUCCUAAGCCAGUCAGUUCAUUGUCAGAAGUGUUGUUUUUGAAACUUCCUGGGAAGACAGCCUCGAAUCUUGUUCUAAAUGUUAGUAAACUUGGAGGGGUUCAUCACGCCAAUUACUCGUUUAAAAACCGGAAACUACUGACUCCAGCAGCUCCCGGUUGUCGCCUUUUAAGUCGUUUCGUGUCUGUCACAAUCUGGGUAACAAUCGGGAGAUGGCACCCAAGAAAAUCCGCCUAACCAAAGCAGCCUGUCUUACGGGGCAGGUGGUAAUAGGGGUUUUAUGGGUGGUGCCUUAUAGGGAUGUACGAUACUGCCCGACGGAAAGCCUUAUUUGAACAGGUAAAUGAACGAAUUUGGCCCGCUCUCCUUUCCGUUAUUAGAAAAUGGGUCGCCAAAGGCCAUAUAGUGCUAACGGACGAGUGGAAGGCGUAUAAUCGUCUUCCCUCAGAAGGUUAUCUACAUUUCUAUGUUAACCACGCAAAGAACUUCAAGAACCCUACCACCAGACGGCACACCAAUGCCACUGAGGCAUACUGGAGUAGACUGAAGAGGAAACUCCACAAGGGAGUCCCAGUAUGUGGUCGAGCUGUGUGGGCCCACAGAGACGAAGUAGAGUAUCGUCUUUGGUUUGACCUCAAUGCCAUGUCUUUGAAAGAUGCCUGGGAACUGUUCCUGUCCCAUGUUGUGCAGACUUAUCCUAUUUAAAAGUGAUUUUGUUUUGUAAUAAACUGUCAUAAUGCGAAUGUAUGCCGUAUAUUCCGGUGUAUGUGUAACGAUGGGGAAGGUUGGGUAAUAGCGACCAUCGUCCAUGUAACCUCCUGCGAUGUUCGUUCGGCCAGCCCAUGUUAGGCCGUCGCGGAAAGUCCAAGUAGUGCGUGAAAGUAGGCCUGCAACCGCCGAUAUAGCCCGAAGGCGUUUCAGUCCACUGUUAAAGGUAUUAUUUCUAGGUAACGGAUUUUUUUGGGUGUCAUCUCCCGAUUGUUACCAUAAUCUGAAAAUCAUGCCUUCCCUGUAUCAUAUUAUAUUCUUGGAGGUAAUGUAAGUCCCUCCUUUCACCCCUCUAGAACAACUGGUCUCCUGCGCUCACAAUUAGCAAGGUCCUCCUGUCAAUUUGUUCCCUACUGACGGACUGUAAUCCAGCGGACCCGUUGGUUGGCUCGAUAGCUAACCAGUACAUUCACAACCGCUCUGAGCACGACCGGACUGCCAAACAAUGGACUAAAAAGUACGCCAACUCCGCGAAUGCUCGAGCUUUUGAGGCGGCCGGUGGUCUUCAGCCCAGCACUCUCUCAUCCUCGGACUCCGUUGCGGAUCAUGCCAGUACCGUCAGUUCGCUGAGCAGUUUUCCCGACCACAGUGACGCCUCAAACGACUCUGUUUCCUCUCAGCCACUGCCAAUGGCACCAGCCAGCCGAGUGACUGAUGCGACUGAUCGUCUGAUCAGCAAUGACAAUAACAGCCGUAGCAGCAGCAGCAGCAGCAGUAGUAACGGUACAGCUCCCAUCUCCCGAAACGGCCCACCCCCUGCGAAGUUGGCCUCCCAGAGGUCUGCAGAGAGUGGUGUCUCCCUGCGAGUUCAAGCUAGGAACGAGAGUCACUGA